AUGCUAUCGGUACAGUCGCCCGGCUACGCGGGAAUGGAGCGGCUCGGCGUUCCUACCCGCAGUUCAAUUAGCUCACCACCUCUUAGAGAUGAACGCAGCCGACGAUUACGGGCGGACUCCGGCGUGACAGCGAAUGUCGCCACCAACAACUCUUACCAGCAUCUUCCCAACGUGCACCAUCACAGCCAUCACGCGCUUCACCACCACGAUCAUCUAUUAGUCAGCGGUAGCAGUAGUAACACUAGCAAUUAUAUGAACAAUCAUAGCCAUCAAGCUCAGCAGCAGCAGCAGUACCAUCAAACGACGACGACGACGACGGCGAAGGCGACAACGACUUCCGGGAGUCGCCACCACAAGGAUGCAAGUUCUAGUUCCAGCAGCAGCGGUAGCAGUAGCAGUAGCAGCAGUAACUAUGGCAAACCCGUUCACCAUCAGAGUGCCAGCAGUUUCUACGGUGGUAACAACAACACCACCUUGUGCAGCACCAGCGUUAGUCGGUGUCCGCACCAUGUGGCCCUGCCGGACGGGGAACGGGGGCCGGACCGGGAUCUGCAGACGCGAUCGUGUCAGGACUCGGAGAUCCCCCGGACGUACGUUAAGGCCCCGCCUAACAAAACGGUACGGGACGUUCCGGCCCACUACCAGUCCGGUGCGUCGUCAACGUCGUCGUCGAUGAGCAAUCUCAACAGUCACCUCCGAGGCGGAGCGAGUGGUUCUGGUGCUGCGAUGAGCCACUCGCUCAGCGGGGGUGCCGUCGGUAUGGAUAGCCGAGCCACAGUCAAUAAUAGUCUUUCGGCGCUCGGUUCAUCCGGUAGCAACGUCGCUGGCAGUAACAAUGCCAGCAACACCACCACCACCAAACCCAAGUCGGUCAAUCUGAAAGACUUCCUGCGAACUAUCACAGGUAACAAAUCAACAAAAACAACUAGUGGUAUUAGCAUUAGCAAUAGUAAUAACAAUAAUAUUAACGGAACUGUAAGUAGCAACGCUAGCUGUAAUAAUAACAAUUAUCGGAACAAUCCCUACGGGAACGGAAGCUUGGUCGGUUCGAGUGGAAGUCGGAGUGGGUUGAGUUCGUCCAACAGUGCGAAUCACGUAGCAGUAAGUGGAAUACAUAAUCAUAAUCAUCACUACCGGCAAUCGAUAGCGUCGUCGGUUCAGCAGAGGCAGCAUCAUCAUCAUCAGCAUCAUCAGUCGCCGUCGCAGAGCGGACUGUCCUCAUCAGUUCCGAAUGCCUCCUCGGGGUCCUCGCUAGGCGGCGGUAGCAAUACGCCAAUGUCCCUGUCCGCAAGUCCCAGUCCGGACACGAGCUCUCACUACAUGUGACCGGAAGGCCGCUCGCCGCAGGAUAGUUGAAAUGUUGACGCGGGUCAUCCGGACGAUCUGUUUCCUUUUUUAUUCGUAAAGCUAGCUAAUCGAUGUCGUGAUAAUAUAUGUGAUUCAGAGUAUGAGGAUGGGCAUGGGCAGGGAAGGAGCGAGGGCACCGCCACCACGGCUGGCGCUAAGACUGAUGAGGUCGCACUGCGAAGUUCAUAUUCUGCAUCAUGCGACAGGUGCAGCGGACUUCCUCCGAGAGCAGGUCCGAACAGAAGACCACCUCCGGCAGUAGUGGUGGCCGGUGAUGAUGCUACCCGUCGCUGCACCGUCGCUGGCGCCGGUUGCCAUGUGAUGGAACUCGAGGUCGAUGACAGGUUGUAAUUGAGGAGUCAAAAAGAGUUCACGCUUAUCAGUCAGUGGGGGCGGUAGGGGUAGGAUGCGGAAAACAUUUUGACCCAAAGUUGAGCGAUUCCAUUUGAAUUCGAAUGUCGAUUUUUUAAUUGGAUUUUUGCAAAAUCAUUCUUUUUGUAAAUAUAACUCACCGGUUUGCCAUUUUGACUCUAUCCUUACUUUUAAGAAAAGCCUAAGAUUGAUUCCUUGAAAAUUUCAAUUUAUUUGAUGUCUUCGGCAAUGUUUUGGUAAUUAUAUGUGGAAAAAAUAAGCACUGCAAAAAUGAAAAAGUAAAUUAAAAAUUAUUCAAAACAAAUCUCAACAAUCCUUCUCCGAAAAAGGACUAGAGUUAAAUUGACAAACCGGUUAUGCAGCCUGUCUGUAAUGAACGAGAGGUCGAAAAAAAACAUUCUAGCGAGUAUGUUUGACAAUGAUCUGUCAAUAAAUGGCUCAUGGGCCAAUUUGUUUGAAACAUCCUACGACAGAAGCUCAACCACAACGAUUUCAUAAUUCAAAGAAAUUUUAGAUUACCAAAUUGAAAACGCUUUCACGGCAUUUCCCAAAAAUUUUCUAAGUCACCAUAGCAGGUUCGGACGCCUAUACUGAGGAAAGAUUUCCAAUCUAAAAAUGAAAACAAAAUGCUUUCAAAAUGCCAAUUUUUUUGUCGCAAAUCGGAAAACCAAUCAAGUACAAAUGUCAUCUCUCGUAUUCGUAGUAGGCUUCGGACAAACGAUCUCACUGCGAUUUUAUUACCACAUAGCUAGAAAUAAAUUAUUUUCUAUUUCGCUUGGAGAAUUCAAUCAAAUCUGCACCUCCACCAGUAGGAAACCGACCAUUUUUCGCAAGAGCAAAUUGUAAAACAGGAAAAUAAGAAUAGACACUUCCAGUAUAAAUGAGUUGUACAUUUUAUUUUGUUCGUGUGUAGCCUAGAAAUCCACGCAGUCCCCGAAAAUCCCCGACUUUUAAAGGUAAAUAUAUUUUUACAGUAGCGCGUAAGAAAGUGAACAGAACUAAAGUAAAGAAUUAUCAAAUCCAUGUGCAAGACUACCAUUUAGUAAAGAGUGCAACCAAAACGACGAAUGAGUAACUAUCAAUAACGGAAGGGUUGAAAAGCGAAUAAUGUAAUAGACACUGCAGUUUAGAAAACAUGAAAAUAAAGUGGAAAAUGACAGCCGUUUCGUCCUUCGACUCGUUGAAGGACGAAAAUCAAAAAUACUAGUGAAAUUUUAUUAUUUGUUAAGUUAAAUUAUUUAAUUCUAAAUCAAUUGUAUUGGCUGGAAAAGAGCUAGAUACUCGUAAAUAGUCCUAACAGAGAAAACAAGCUAGUACAUUGAUGAACAAAUUAACCAACAACAGAAGAAGUAACAAUUCGCUUCUUGAUAAAUCCAGUUAAUGCAAAAUACUAAAAUACAUAGUAACACAAAAAGGAAUGGAAAUAGCUCAAGUACUACCGAAACACAAUAAUUAUGUAAUGCACACAGAUAAUAAAAUAUUAAAAAUACACUCACACACUUACUGGAAACGGAAAACAGGCAGACCCACACAGCAACAACCAUACAUGCUACAAAACUACGCGUAAACAAUAAAACAGUGUACCACAAAGCAAAACAAAAUUAAACGGAAAGCUUUUUUGUCAAUAGCAGCAGCAAAC